AUGCUCCCCUCACUACGCACUCUCAGCUCAGUCAGCAGGAUGACCCAGACUAGCGCGGCGAAGCAGCCCCGCGCGCUCGUGUUCGGCCUCGGCGCCAUUGGAGGGAUCUAUGCCGCGAUCUUGAAGCGCUCGAAUGCGUGCGACGUUUCCAUCGUCGCGCGCAGCACGUAUGACGGCGUCAAGAAGCAUGGGCUCAGGUUCAACAGCGAGAAGCACGGCAACGAGGUCGCGCAGUUUGGAGACAACGUGUUCCGGGACACGAAAGAGGCCGCUGCUUCGGGUUCGUUCGACUACGUCCUCUGUGCGAACAAGGCGCUGCUUGACGCGAAGCCCUCGCUGGCUGAGCUGAUCUCGCCGGUCAUCGGUCCCGAGACUGCGAUUGUGCUGCUCCAGAACGGUGUCGGCAACGAGGUUCCUCUGCACGCCGCGUUCCCGAAGAACACCAUCCUCUCAGCGGUAGUGUGGACGGGCGGCCGCGUGGUGCCGACCACUGACGGCUCCGUGGAGGUGGCCCAGUUUGCGCGAGAGGGUCUCACGAUCGGCGUCGACCACGCCGAGGGCGCGGACCCGGAGCAGGAGAAGGCGCAGCUCGACCGUUUCGUCGACAUUCUGCACAAGGGUGGAAGCACGGACACGGUGACGACGGACGAUAUCCAGUCCGCGCGCUGGAUCAAGGUUAUCUGGAACUGUGCUUGGAACUCGCUCACGGCCGUCACGCGCGUGCGCACCAACCACAUUUUUCAGAGCUCCGAGGGCGCCGCCGACCUCUCUCUCGAGCUCAUGAGGGAGGUCACGGCCGUCGCGAAGGCGAAGGGACUCAACAUCCCCGACGGUACGCCGGAAAAGCUCCUCAACGACGUCCAGGUCGUUCCUGGUCCCGGACUUCCGAGUUCGAUGAUGAUGGACAACGAGGCUGGAAGGCCAAUGGAGGUCGAGGUUAUCCUCGGCACGCCAGUUCGCGAGGGCAAGCGUCUUGGCGUUCCCGUGCCGAUCCUAACGACGCUCUCGACUGGCGCAACGCCCACCGGAGACCCGUUGAAUCUUUGUAUGAUGAUGAGAUUGACAUGGACAACGACGAAGCGCAAAGCUACGGAACAAGAGUGA